AUGAUUUUAAUUGCAAUAAAGUUCAAGAACAAUAACCAGCUAGAAGAAAUAGAUGGAUUUUCAUUUAAUAAUAGUGAAGAUAUUGAACCAGAAAUAGAAAACAAUAUAAUAGAUGAGAUAACAAAUAGGUUAGAAUUUAGUUAUAGUGAAGAAAUAAAUAAUAAAGAUAAUGAAAUAAACUAUGAAAUAGAUAAAAGUGUUGAAGUAGAUAAAAUAGAAGAAACAAACAGGCUAGAAAUUAGUUAUAAUAAAGAAAUAAACAAUGAAACUAAUGAAAUAGAUAAAAUAGAUGAAGCAAAUAAUGAUGAUAUUGAGAUAGAUAAAAUAAAUAAUGAAGAUGUCAUAGAUGAGAUAGGUGAACCAGAA